AUGGAUUAAAAUUCUGAACUAGAAACUGCGGUCAAAUGUAUUCUUCUUUUACCACGUAAAAACUAUUUAUAAUGAGCAAUAAAAGAAGAAUCGACGACAUCAAUAGCGAUGAGGAAGAUAGUGAUAUUCAAUUAGACGACACUUUACAGUCUAAACUUUAUGUUCCAAAGAAUGCCAAUCUCGAAAUCAAUUCUUUAAAAAACCAUGAAGGAAUCAGCGAAAAUAAGUCGGAUUUUAUUUCCCACAUUUUUGGUCGUGAAGAUUAUACCAACCUUCCAUUAAAGAAAGAUCAUGCUUCGAGACCUUUGUGGAUCAGUCCUGAGGAUGGCCAUAUUAUCUUGGAAGGCUUUUCCCCUAUUGCUGAACAAGCACAGGAUUUCUUGGUAGCCAUCAGUGAGCCUGUCAGUCGUCCUGCUCAUAUUCAUGAAUACAAAUUAACACCUUAUUCACUGUAUGCUGCUGUGUCUGUCGGUUUAGAAACGGAAGAUAUCAUUGAAGUCUUGAAUCGUCUUUGUAAGGUUCCCGUUCCUGAUUCAAUCACGCAAUUUAUUCGACAAUGUACUUUAUCCUAUGGUAAAGUGAAACUCGUUUUGAAGCAUAAUCGCUACUUUGUCGAAUCUUCCCACCCAGAAACUCUACAGAUGCUUUUAAAGGACCCAGUUAUCAAUUCAGGACGUAUUGUGCGUGACGAGAACGAUUUGAUCAUCAGUGCGCCUGCUGGCUCUUCAGCUCUUUUGACCACUUCCAAACCCACAGGAAAGGAUCUGACGAUCCCUGGUGUAUCAAAGACAAAGGAUGUGGAUGAUGCUAGCAUAGAAAAGAUCAAGGAAUUGACGGCCGAAGAAGUCGAGCGUAAAAAAGACGAGGAAAAGUAUUUUGGUGCGGUAGUCGGGAUUGAUAAAGAGGAUGAGGAAGAUGAUUUUGGUGGAGAACAAGUUCAUUCAUUUGAAAUUGCUGCUGAACAUGUUGAGAAUAUCAAGAAAAGAUGUAACGAUAUUGAUUAUCCCAUGUUGGAAGAAUACGAUUUCCGUAAUGAUACUAUUAAUGCAAAUCUCGAAAUCGAUCUCAAACCUACAACAACGAUUCGUCCUUAUCAAGAAAAGAGUCUUUCCAAAAUGUUUGGUAACGGUCGUGCUCGAUCUGGUAUUAUCGUGUUGCCUUGUGGUGCUGGUAAAACACUUGUGGGUAUCACAGCCGCAUGUACAAUUAAGAAGAGUUGUUUGGUAUUGUGUACUUCUUCUGUAUCUGUCAUGCAAUGGAAGCAGCAAUUCUUGCAAUGGAGUAGUAUCAAGGAGAACCAAGUUGCUGUAUUUACAUCGGAUUGUAAAGAAAAGUUUUCAGGUGCAUCUGGUAUUGUUAUUUCUACUUAUUCGAUGGUUGCCAACAAGCGUAAGCGUUCUUAUGAUGCUCAAAAGAUGAUGGAGUUCUUGGAAUCCAGAGAAUGGGGUUUCCUGCUUUUGGAUGAAGUGCAUGUUGUGCCUGCAAAUAUGUUUCGUACUGUUGUAACCACCAUUGCUGCUCAUGCUAAAUUAGGUUUGACAGCUACUUUAGUGCGUGAGGAUGAAAAGAUUGAUGAUCUUAAUUUCUUGAUUGGUCCUAAAUUAUACGAGGCAAAUUGGAUGGAUUUGGCUAGUCGUGGUCAUAUUGCCAAUGUUCAGUGUGCUGAAGUAUGGUGUCCAAUGACACCCGAAUUUUACAAGGAAUACUUGUAUGAAAAUUCACGUAAGCGUACAUUGCUUUAUGUGAUGAAUCCCAAAAAGUUCCAAGCUUGUCAGUAUUUGAUUGGAUACCAUGAAAGACGUGGAGAUAAAAUCAUUGUGUUUUCGGAUAAUGUGUAUGCUCUCAUUGAGUAUGCAAAGAAGUUAGGAAAGCCUUAUAUUUAUGGUGGUACAGGACAACAGGAACGUAUGCGAAUUUUACAGAAUUUCCAAUAUAACCCAGCCGUCAGCACCAUCUUUUUAUCCAAAGUCGGUGAUACAAGUAUUGAUUUACCAGAAGCUACCUGUUUAAUCCAGAUCUCUUCCCAUUAUGGUUCAAGACGUCAGGAAGCCCAGCGUCUGGGUCGUAUUUUGAGAGCCAAAAGACGUAACGAUGAAGGUUUCAAUGCUUUUUUCUAUUCGCUUGUUUCUCGUGACACACAAGAAAUGUAUUACUCCACAAAACGUCAACAGUUUUUAAUCGAUCAAGGUUAUGCUUUCAAAGUGAUUACAAAUUUGGAAGGUAUGGACACGGAUCCCAACAUUGUCUUCAGAACCCAUCAGGAACAAAUGGAUCUUUUAAAGGCGGUCUUGUUGACGAACGAUACUGAUUUGAGAGACGAGGAGCUGAUUAAUGUGGAUGAUGUUGGUAAAAUUACUGAUCGUAAAGUGGCAGCAAAGAAUCGUACUUCGGGUCUUGUCAAGAGACAGGUGACUACCACAAAGACUUUGGCUGGUGGUGAUAAUAUGGCUUAUCUUGAGUACAAUCGAAGCUCUGGUGGCCAAUUCUCUGGUCGUGGUCGUGGUAAUGGCGGCGCUCCUCCUAAAGAACAUCAUAACCUUUUCAAGAAGUAUAUGGGAAGAAAGUAAACAUAUUCUCUUUGGGCUUCAUUCAUCUAUAAUAUUCAUAAAUCAUUAAAAUAAAGCACAUAUCCCCCGGUGCAUUUUUCUUCUUUUUCACUUAAGCUUUACAUGUAUAGUGGAAC